AUGAAUUACAUCCAGCAGGAAAUAUGUUCUUUAAAUGGAUCUACAGUGUUUAUAAAUGGAACUUUUACACAUCCAGAACAUCUUAUAGUCAAACAGAGGAUUUGGGUCAUAGAUCCAGUUCGAAACAAAGAGCCACCUGACCUGAAAACAGCUUCAAAUUUCUCAGGCAGGGUUGAGUAUUUUAUUGAUGAACAGAAUAACUUCGCCCUUAAACUGAGUAACAUAAUGAAGGAGGAUGAACAUGAGUACUGCUUCAGAGUCUUAACAGAUGUAGAAGGUCAGAGAUGGAUGAGAACUCCUGGAAUAAAACUCAGAGUUACAGAGCUCCAUGUAGAAUCUCCUGGAGAAGUAACAGAAGGAGAAUCAGCAGUUCUGACGUGUAAAACCACCUGCAGUCUGACUGAUCCAACAUUCAUCUGGUACAAAGAUGGACGUCCUUUAACCACAGAGAUGAUCCAAAAGAAUCAGCAGCUCCACCUGCAGACAGUCAGCAGUGAGGAUGCAGGCAGUUAUAGCUGUGCUGUAAGAGGAUCUGAACAUCUCCCCUCUACUGCUCAAACUCUCAGAGUCAGACAUCCUCCAAAGAACGUCUCAGUGUCCAUCAGUCCCUCUGGUGGAAUAGUGGAGGGAAGUUCAGUGACUCUGACCUGCAGCAGUGAUGGAGACCCACCUGUGGAGAUCUACACCUGGUUUAAAGAUGGUGGAGACUCACCUGUAGGAUCUGGACACAGUUAUGUUCCUCUACAGAGUGGAUUCUACUACUGCCAGGCUCAGAACCAACAUGGAGAUCAGAGAUCAGCUGCUGUGCCGGUUAAUAUCAAUGGUGAGACACUUGAUUAUAUUGAUUGAUCCUCUUAUUUCUGUAAUAUAUUUGUGUGUAAUAUCUCAGCAGGUCUCUGGGUGGUGCUGUAUGCAGUUGGUGGAGUGGUUG